AUGGAGGGAUCAUUGCCCCCUGGAUGGACAGAACAUAGAGCACCAAAUGGAAUUCCUUAUUACUGGAAUGCUGAGCUAAAAAAAAGUACUUACAAACGUCCUGCCUGGCCUGAUGAACAAGGAAAAGCCUCUGGUUCUAUUCAUUUGAAACAAGAAGAUAUAAACACUUUAACGGAAACACCGGUAGCCGAAAAUAAUGAUGAAAAACGCAAGGUUGAUCGUGAACAUCGAAAACAAUCAUUUGAUAGACCAAAGUAUAAAAAAUUAAUACCAGGUUCUGAUAUAUGGGUGAUUGUUACGACGAAAAGAAAUCGAUUUUUCUUUCAUAAUACAGAGACUCAUGAAUCGACUUGGAUGCCCCCACAGGAACUCUUGAGUAUCAUUUCAACUUUAGGGUUACCAAAACGAAAAUUGAAGAAGGAAUUUCAAGCGAAUGCCACUGAAUUGACCGCUGGUGACGAAAAUAAUGAUGGUGAGGGUGGACUAAAUGAGCAUCCUGGAAGCCCUCAAUUGGCAAUGAGUCCUUCUGAAGAUGAAGACGAGGAAGCGGAUUCUGUUGAAGAAGAAGUUAUCGAAACUGAACCUGAAGAAGACGAUCAGAGCGAUAAUGACGAAAAUGAAAAUAUUGAGUUUGGCGAAGAAGAUUUACUGUUUCAACUUCAGGAACUAGAAGGAAAAAAUCAAGAAAAUACAUCUUUAUCAGAAAAAGAAGAGCCUGUAGUUGAUCACGAAACCGCCGUUCAAAUUUUCAGGGAACUUUUGAAGGAUAAGGAUGUGGACGUUUAUCGGACCUGGGAAUUUACUUAUCCAAAACUACUAGAUGAUGAACGUUUUCUAGUUUUGGGUUCCGGACAAGAACGUCGUCAAGUUUUUGAAGAUUAUUGUAAGUCUGCUAUUGCAUCGAAACCAGUUGGCGCGCCAAAAGUAUCAUCCUUAUCAAGUUUUUGGGGACUCUUGCAGAGUUUACCAAACACACUCUUAUGGCCUGAGUUCAAAAGAAAAUAUAGGAAGUCACCAAUAUUAAGUAUUCCUCGUUACUCGGAGAGAGAUUUAGAAAAGCUCUUUCGGGAAUUCCAGAUCCUAAGGAAUCGUUCCUUAGAAGACAGACUAUAUAAUUUCCAAAACCUUUGCAGGUCUAGAAAUGUUAACCCGAAAAGGCCUGAUACUUAUACCGACAAGAUUUUGAACGAUGUACGAUACGCGGUGAUUUUUCCUGAAGAAUUACAUUCUUGGUUAGUUUCUAAUGUUCCUUCUUAA